AUGAAUGAAGGAAUUGAAAAAGUUGUUAGUGAUAAGGAAAAUAAUGAAUGUAAAGAAGUUAAUUUAAAAUUGAAUGAAGCACCAGAAAACUAUUCUGAGUCAUGUGUAAUUGUAGAAAAUGGUAUUGAAGUUGUUACUAUUGUUACACAAGAAAAUGAUAACCACAUAUAUAUUUAUAAUAAAAAUGAAGAGAAUGUACAAAAUGCUAGUGAAUUUGUAGAAGUUAGUGAUUCAAACAGUGUUUUGGAAUCUAGUGCAGAUUCUCAAGAGAGUAUUACCAUAGAUGUAAUUGGUGAAGAAAAUGUUAAAAAUGAUGAAAAUGUUGUUUAUGUUGAAAAAUUAAAAGAUGCAGACGUUUCACAACAGGACUCGCUAGUUAAAGAUAAAAUUAAUACCGUCGAUGAUGAUAAAGUUAAAAACGGUGUUGAAAAAAAUUCAGAAGAAAAUAUAAAUUUAAAUGAAAAAAAUCUUUUAGAAGGAAAAGAGAAAAAAGAAGAAAUUGAAACGAAAAAAAAUGAAGAAAUUGAAACAAAGAAAAAUGAAGAAAUUGAAACAAAGAAAAAUGAAGAAGUUGAAACAAAGAAAAAUGAAGAAGUUGAAGCAAAGAAAAAUGAAGAAAUUGAAAAUUGUUCAAAUGAAAUUGUCAUAGAAGAACUUCAAGUUGUGAGAGAGGAUCUGACUAAUGAACCAAGUCAAGUCAAUCAUACUGACAGUAAUAAUGAAAUAAUUGAGAAGAGUGAUGCAGAAAAGAAUUGUUGUAUCAUCGUUGAGAAUGAAAGUAAUAACGAUUCUGUUGUGCAUAAUCAAAGCCAAGAGGGUAAUACAACAGUUAUUGAGGGUGAAAUUGUAAAUUUAAUGUCAGAUACAAAAGUAGAUUCGUUGAAAUAUUCAAAAUCUAUUUCUAAAGAUGAUAUAGUAAAAAUUCUUGAUGAGUCCACAGAGAGAGUUGUGAAACCGAUUGUUGCAGGAAAAGAUUUAUUUUUUUCAAUAGAGCUUACAAAAAGACUUAAUCAAAAGUUGUCGCAAAAUAAAUCGUUAAAAAAUUCAGAAUCUAUCGAAAAAACCACCGUUAAUGAAAAUGAAGUCAGUGAUAAUAAUAACACCGUUGACGAUCGUCAAAAAAUAGUCGAUAUUUUGGAAGCAGAUGAAAUAAAAGACUGGAAAACUUGUCCUAGCAAAUCAGAUUUGAAUCCGAAGGAAAACGGAAACGAUAUGGAAAUUUCAAAGGCUAUUAAAAGCAUGGAAGCUGGAAAUUCAUCAUUGAAAGAACAACCUUCGAAACCUGUUAAAAAAACUCAGGUGAAAAAAUUUAAAAUUAUGGAUAAGGAGUUGGAAAGGUCUAUUGCUCUACAACAAUUAAGAGAAGAGUUUCCUACGACGAGAAAACGUAUUAGAACAACAAAAAAAGUAAAUCACAUUCCUUUUUUGGCUUCUACCGUUGUUGAAAAAGCAUUAACUUCUCCCGAGGUCUCUACAGCUCUCAAACCUGAAACUCCAAAACGACGCCCGUGUUAUUUACCUGAUAAUAAAUCCGAUGUAAAAGUUGGCAACCAUGUAGAAAACAAGAUAAAUGAAGAUAAAGAGCCAACACCUAGUACAAGUAACAAAAUUGUAACGAAUAAGAAAUCAAACGAUGUCAUUUUCGUUGAAACCAAGACCAGUCCAUCAAUAUCGACCAACGUAGUUAAAACGUAUUCUGUUAAAAGAAAAUCCACGGAUGCGGAUAAUAAUAUUAAAUCAACUCUCGAGACAAUAGCGGCUGUCACAAAAGCUCUCAAUCAAAACGAAGAGGAAGAAAAUGAAUCCAAACCAAAGAAGCAGAAGACUGUAGUUAAAGUUGAAAAUAAAACUCCGAAAAAAGUUUACAAAAAGAAAGGAAUUACCAAACCUGGAUCGGGUAAAAGAAAUUUAGAGCUUGAAAAGUUACUGGGAGAUGAAGGUGCCGUUCGCAUGUUGUACGAAACACAACAUAAAGAUGCUGGUUUAGGUUCUGCGAAAAAGUCAAAAACGAAAACAACCACUGGAAUGAAAAAAGAUUUAGUAUUAAAAACAAAAUUGGUUAAAAAUGCAGUCAUGAGACUUAGCGGAAUGGGAACGGAAGGUGUUUAUUUGAGAGGGAAACGACUUUCAAGGGAACCAAAACUCGACAUUUCAAAUUCGGAGCCCCUGUUUGCCUCCACGCCCAACAUUAUCCUGUAUAAGCCUAAAAAGAAACAAAGAGCCGAGGCUUCACGUAUUUUGUACAGGCAUUCUUCUAGCGAAUCCUUUGACAGCAGCGAGGGUUACCGAAGAACGAGUUUUGAUGCGGACGGUUUAAACGUUGCAAAUAAAGAAGAGUCGAUGACGAACGAGGAAAAACUUAAAAAUGUUAAUUUCGAAGAGAGAAAGUCAUCGGAAAAGUCUUUGCCGCCAAAAUCAUUUUCCAAAAAAUCGGAAAGUUUUAUAAAAAAAAAUAGUUUAAAAAGAAUCAAGAGAGUGGGUCGAAAGAAAAGAAUAAAAAUAAAAAAAGGAAAGAAAGAAUUGGAAAAUGGUUCGAAUGGAGACACCGUAAUGCCGCCAAGUACUUCGAAACUUAACUUGUCAAAUGUUCCAAUAAGAAAAUCAUGUAGGCCAAGAACAAUAUCUAAAAAAUAUUCAAUAUGGUCUUCGACAUCAAUGGACAGCCUUUCGGUGGAAUCGUUGGGGUUGAAAAAAAUAAAAAAAGCAUCCCCGGAAUUGGGUAAAAAAUUAAAUUGCAAAGAAUGGACCAUUUUGCAAUACGAUUAUUUAGUUCAAAUUAUAUUAAAUCCCACAUCGACCAUGUUGAAAAAUUCUUUUAAUUUUCAGGUUUUAGACGAAUUAAAACAAAUAAUAAAUUUUUUAUCCGAAGAAGAUAAUUGUAGAGCAGUAUUGAUUUCAUCAACCGGAAGUACAUUUUGUCAAGGAAUAGACAUUAAUCUCAUUGUUUCGAAUACGGAAACGGAAAGGAAAAAUUCCGUUUGUCAAUUAAUUCAAAUCAUGAGAGAGGUUUGCUUAUCGUUGUCGGAAUUUAAAAAACCUUUGAUUGCCGGGGUUCAAGGUGGUACCAUAGGUAUGGGAGUAACCAUUCUACCAUUUUGUGAUUUGGUCGUUGCCAGCGAUAAAGCAUCAUUUUACACGCCUUACGUGAAACUCGGUCAAGUUCCCGAAGGAGCUCCGACUCAUACAUUCCCUCGAAUCAAUAAUCAUUUGGUGAGCGAGCUUUUAUUCCAAAGUCAUAAAAUGCCUGUUUCGGAUGCUUUUAAAUACGGACUCGUAUCGAGAAUUAUACCGGAAGAAAAAUUCCAAGAGGAUCUUAUUAUAUUUUCUAGAAACGUCGCUUCUCAACCCGUUCAGAGUGUUUUAUCUUUUGAUAUGCACAUGUGA